CUGUGGGAUCUUUCUGAGACUACAGGGAAUAUGUGAGGGUGUUAAGCUUCCUUAUUUGAUACCCCUUGAGCUGGGUGUUUUGGUCCUCGUGUGCUGCAGGGUGAAUCAAGAUGAGCAACAUUGACAUUACUGAUCUUGUGGCACACAUGAAGCCUGAAUUUAUCAUACCAGUGGAGCCUUGUGCGGCCACAGAUGAGCCACCGACCAAAAAACAAAAGCUGACUGGUACAAAUAAGAAACGACCAAAAUUGAUGAAAGCUCCUAAGAGUAGCAAGCUGUGUCGGUCUCUGUGGUGUUUACGUGUUGGUGAAGAUGUGAGUGGCCAGUGUACUUUCCCUAACUGUGACUUUAUACACGAUGUCUCCGCAUUCUUGAGCUCUAAACCUGAAGAUCUAGGGCAAGAGUGUCACAACUACCGCACAUAUGGCCGGUGUAAUUACGGUUUCACUUGCAGAUACGGUAGUGAUCAUAUUGAAGGCUUGGGUAACAAGGUGAAUGAGGAGCUGUGGUCCAAGUAUACAGACAAACCAAUAAUCUGCAAUACAAUAAAGAAAGAGGUCCAACUACAAUUACGAAAACGAAAAUAUGACUUUACAGAAGCAUUGGACGCCCACCGGAGAACACAGUCAGAAAUGGCAAAGGGUGAAGCCAAUGACAAAAAGAAAAUAACAGAUGGAAUAAAUGAAAAAACUUCCAGUUCCGAAAAAGAUUGUAAUGAUAAAGAAGAUGAAGCAAAAGAUAAUGAACCUGCUCCUGAACCUGCUCCUGAACCUGCUCCUGAAGAUGUUAUAAAACUCACUGCUAGAGAAAAGAAGAAGAUUGAAUGGAGAGACAAGACAUACUUGGCUCCUCUUACCACACUGGGGAAUCUACCCUUCCGCCGCAUCUGUAAGCGGUAUGGAGCUGAUAUAACAUGUAGUGAAAUGGCCCUUGACUCGUGCCUUCUGAAAGGAUCCCCUAACGAGUGGGCCCUUAUCAAGCGUCAUGAAUCUGAAGAUUGUUUUGGUAUCCAGGUGUGUGGCAGCAAUCCCAAAACCAUGGUGAAGUGUGCCCAGCUCUUGGAUGCAAAUGCUGAGGUAGACUUUCUGGAUAUCAACAUGGGCUGCCCCAUUGACUUCAUCUACAAUCGGGGAGGUGGGAGUGCCUUGUUGCGUCGUCAUGGCUGCUUGGAACACAUGGUACGAGGCAUGACAAACGUUUUAUCCAAACCUCUCACACUGAAGAUGAGAACAGCGGUGUACAAUGAUACUCGUGUUGCUCACAAAAUUAUUGAGAAGGCCAAGUUGUGGGAUGUGUCUAUGGUUACACUUCAUGGACGCUCCAAAGAACAAAGAUACCUAAAAAUUGCAGACUGGGACUACAUCAAUGAGUGUGCUGCAGUAGCAGACCCCAUCCCACUAUUUGGAAAUGGUGAUAUCUUAAGCUUUGAGGAUUAUAACUAUCAUCGGGAGCAUUCUAAUGUGGCAGGCAUGAUGAUAGGACGAGGUGCACUCAUCAAGCCUUGGAUUUUCAAGGAAAUAAAGGAGCAACGUCAUUGGGACAUCUCCUCAAGUGAACGUUUAGACAUGCUCAGAGAAUAUACUAAUUAUGGUCUAGAGUAUUGGGGUAGUGACACAGAGGGUAUUGAGAAGACCCGGAGAUUUUUACUGGAGUGGCUGUCGUUUUUACACCGUUACAUCCCGGUGGGCAUCCUGGAACAGACCCAGAGGAUGAAUCAGCGCCCCCCGGCAUACCAAGGUCGGGAUCAUCUUGAAACCAUGAUGGCUUCUCGCAGUGUAACUGACUGGGUCAAGAUCAGUGAGAUGCUGCUUGGGCCAACUCCAUCUGACUUUGAGUUCCUACCAAAGCAUAAGGCCUCAGCCUACUGAUUACUGUGUUCUUUAGUGACCUGUUACAGUAUAUAGUAGCCUUAAGAUGUUUCAUGAGACCGAUAACUUUUGUAAAAUAUAGACAAACACAAUAUAAAAAUACAUGUACAGUACAGUAAUUCAAUACAAAAUAAGGGUUCACGGACUGGAGGCCCAAACAAAGCUGAAAAGGUUUAUUUAUUUACUAAACAUAGCCAAGAAAUGUACAGUGUUGAUACACCAUACAUAAAUAGCACAAUACAUCACAGCCCAGUGACCCACAGACUCAGUAGUAUAGAACUGUAAUACUGGAUGAUGGUUGUGUUCAUUAAUCAGCAACUUGGGUAAAUUUUACUAUUGAAGGUUAAUGUAUUCUUGCCUCAUGAAGAGCCACUAAAAUGGGAAGGAAUGAGUUUUUCUUAAUAUUUUUAUCUUUUUUUUUUUUUGUGGAUGAAACUUUGUAUGUCCAGACAUAAACAUUGGAGCUAUUGCAUCAUAGCAUACUGCCUUGUGUGUUCAGGAUGGCAUCCACUACAUAGAGUACAAUAUACUGUAGGUACAGUAAACCAUCGAUAACUCCGCAUGGAUAUGGUCUCAGAAUGUAUUAUAGUAUAACUCGGGUAAUGCUGAGAUAUAUAAAAUUAUCUGGGAAAAUCUUUGUAUAUCUGACCACCUGCAUCACCUACCAUGCCUCUGUGUCACCUACCAUACCUCUGUAUCACCUACCAUGCCUGUAUCACCUACCAUGCCUGUGUCACCUACCAUGCCUCUGUGUCACCUACCAUACCUCUGUGUUACCUACUAUGAUGCUUCAUUCUUCACCUCCAGUGCUGGUAAGUGUUACUUUUUUACAUUUAGUGAUUACAUGUACACCCACUGAAAAAUUAUUCGGCACCCUUGGCUCUGAUACACUCCUGCAACGAUCACUGAUAUAGAAGCCGUGAUUACGUGGUGUGGUUGGUACCCCCCGUCUCUCUCUGUACACACAUCACGGCUUCUGUACCAGUAAUCGUUGUAGGAGUGUAUCAGAGCCAAGGGUGCCGAAUAAUUUUUUAGUGGGUGUACAUAUAUAUAGGUCGAUAUUUUUUAUCGUAUUUUUGUGGGAGGGAGGAAGUGCCUCGAUAAGUCAGAAUUUGGGAUAACUCAGCAAGGCCAGAGCCCCAUAUGUGCCGAGUUAUCGAGGGUUUACCGUAAUAAAAACAUACUAAUUGACAAGAAGUGACAUCUUGAUCUAACAUUGUUCAUUAAUCUGUUGUUUUAUUACUGUACUUAAUAAAAGCUAAAUGUUGCAUCAGUUCCUGCCGAUGGGCUACAGUUCUUUCUCUUUACUCAAAUUGCUGUUAACGGAAGAAUUGUGGUUAAUGGAAAAUUUUAAAAAAUAAUAUUGUAUCAUGACAGACUUAUUCAUUCCCAUAUUUUGGGUCUUUUCAUGAGGUAAGAAAACAUCCAUCUUGUAUAGAAAAAUUGCCUCAAGUUGUGCAGCCAUCAUCCAGUGUAUAACCUACUCAUUAGUCUGCCUAUGUCAGUACACCUAUAAAAAUUAAACAUGUUUUCUAACACAUCCAAAUAGAUAAACCAAAGAUUAUAUGAUGUCUUUCCUGGACUCCUGAAGAUGUCUUGAAUAAAGACGAAAGCCAAGGUGCUCCAUUGUUUCCCUUUUUCCUGUGUGAUUUUAUCAAGAUUUUUCUUAUCCACAUUUUCAUUGUGGAUCUACACGAAAUAUAUAUAUAUAUUGGUUUCCUGCAUCCUCCUCUACCACUUUGCAGUACUCCCUUCUACAUCAGUUGUGUCAGCUCGGCAAGCUUAAUGAAGGUAUGAUGCGCCUUGACUCACUAUGAAUGUGCUGUCACGAGCUAUUUUUUCAUCUCUCUUGAUCUUCCAUUUCCUUUGACUCAGCCUGAAUCAUUAGACUACUCAGUGCAGCUCUAUAUCAUUAAAGGCUCACUGUCCAAAUGUUCUAAGUAUCCUCCAUUUUGUGGUACAGUGUUGGCCUUAAUACCUGUAUGGUAAUGGAUGGCUGUGCAUUUGCUGUCGUCAGCCUUCUGUCUGAUGCUUUCAUUUUGAUGCUUUCAUUUGCCCUUGUUCAGCGUGCCACAACUGACACACUUCACGGCCAAGUUCGUCCAAGAUUUUAACAUUCUCUUCUUAAUUAAAUUCUUUCUUUUCUUUUGCUCACUUGAGUUGGAAGGAGAAGCAGCUGCUGAGCGUUAGACCAGUGGUUCCCAACCUCAGGUCGCGACCCAAAUGAGGGUCGCGGGGUGUCCUCAAUGGGGUCGCGAGGGGCCCUCGGACAAUUUUAAAAAUAUAGUACUUAUCAUAAAGUAAAACAAAUUUUUGCUUAACAUUCAAGCUAUAUAAUAUAUAUUAUAUGCCCGAGGGUCACGACACCGUAUUGUUGGGAAAUUUAGGGUCGCAGCCAAAAAAGGUUGGGAACCACUGGUUUAGACUCUUGGUUAGCGAUGCAUGUGGUAACCCGAGCAGAAUUGCAAGAGAAAAGUGGAAAUGUCUUGUCUUUGAGUGACACUGUGACGGCAGCUGGGGAAGUACACAUGCACAGUACUGUAGUACAGUAGUUGUAUGGCUUCCAGUCUGGUUUUUCUCGUGAAAAAAAAAGAAAAUUAAAUUAAAAGUUGUGAAAUAACCCAAGGCUACUGUAUACUGUACUGUAGUAUUAGGCUAUAGUUUAACAGGUGAGUGGUUAUGCAGUUUUAUUAUACUGUAUUGCCCUGCAGUAAUUACCAAGGGAUAUAUCUAUAUUUUACCAUUUAAUAUAAAUUAAUUUUUAUCUUAAGUUAAUAUCCACAACUAAAAAGCUUUUAGUAACAUUCUGAAUUUCAAACAAUGUCAGAAUGACAGUACAGUAUAAUGAUGAAUCAUAAUUAAUAAGUUACAGUUUUUAAAUGAGUACAGACAUUCCCCAAUUUACAAAGAUCUGGUUUACAAAAGUCCAAAGUUAAGAAAAAAAUUGUCCCAUAUUUUGAUUUAUGUAAAAAAAAAAUCCGAACUUAUAAAAUUUUCUCCAAUUUUUCAUCAUUAUUUCAUAUCACUGGGAGAUACUGAGGUACUGGACCUGGUCAAUUUACAAAGAAUUUAACUAAAAUUAAGACACAGUGUACUGUACGGUACAGUAUUGAGAGUGGUUAACCAAGUUAAAAAUAAAAUACUGAACUUGUGGAGUAGUGGUUUAGUUAUCAUGGCUCACAGGAUCACUACAUGAAGCAGUGGCACAGUAACUCCCAUGAGCUACACUGCAAGUUUCAUUAAAAAUAUGUUUUGUAGCAUGUUAAGACAAUUUGGGGGGUUGUUUUUCCCCCAGUAGUAAUGUAUCUUGGGUUUUAUAAUGGGUCAUAAGGGAAAUAUGUCUGAUUUGCGAAAGGUUUUCAAGAAUGGAACCCUUUCUUAAAUUGGGGAAUGCCUGUACAGUAUCUGUGUGUGGGAAGAGAUAACUACAAGGAAAAGAUGAGUCACAUACAGUAUUGUGAAGGUUUUAGUAUGAAGUGUUUUAUAUUAAUGAUGUAAACAGAAUUUGUUUAAUUCAAUUAAUUUUAAUUCUUAGGGAAAUCCGAUUAUCUACAUAAUGUCUCGGGUUUUAUAUGAGAAGCAUUAAAGAUAAUAAGUACUGUACAGUGCUGUAAAUACAGUAUUACACGUUGAUGUUACUUGCAUUUUAUGUAAAUAAAUACUGAAACCUCUA